AUGUCGACUGAGAAGGAGAUUAAGUCUUCCAAGCGAAGUCUUGAGGAGGCCGAGAAGAACGAGUCUACCAAAAAGUUAAAGGUCAAGAGCGACAAGAAGGACCACAAGGAGGAGAAGAACAAGAAGGAGAAGAAAGAGAAGAAGGAUAAGAAGGAGAAGAAGGAGAAGAAGGAUAAGAAGGACAAGAAAGAGAAGAAGGAGAAGAAGGAGAAGAAAGACAAGGAAGAGAAGAAAGAGUCUAAAUCAGAUGACACUGUGUCUUCGGAACAGACCGCAGUGCCAGCUGCCGCUGCUGCUGCUGCUGCACCUUCAUCGGCUGAGGUCACUAAGUUCUUGGCUGAUAACAGUGUCAAGAUUGAAGACGACUCCAACUCGAAUAUCCAGCCCUGUCUUUCGUUUGACAGCUUGCCUGUAGAGAGCAAGAUCAUUUCAAUUCUGAAGAAGUUCCCUAAGCCCAGUCCUAUUCAGGCUGCUUCAUGGCCAUUUUUGUUAGCUGGUCGCGAUGUAGUCGGCGUUGCUGAGACCGGUUCUGGUAAGACAUUUGCCUUUUCUGUUCCAGUUGUCAAUCACAUUAUUCAGGAGAAGAAAAAGGGCGUUCGUGCUUUGGUGGUGUCUCCUACUCGUGAACUGGCUAUGCAAAUCUACGACAGUUUAGUAACUCUGACAAAUGUUACUGAUAUCAGCGCUGUAUGUGUUUACGGUGGUGUACCAAAAGAAGAGCAAAGACAGGGUUUGAAGAAAGCCAGCAUUGUUAUUGCCACUCCUGGUCGUCUUAAGGAUCUUAUUGAAGAAGGUUCUGCUGACCUUAGUAAAGUCGAGUACUUAGUGUUGGAUGAGGCCGACAGAAUGCUUGAAAAGGGAUUUGAAGAGGACAUCAAGUCGAUUGUUUCGAAUACCAACUCUGAUGGCAGACAGACUAUCAUGUUUACUGCGACAUGGCCUCCUGAGGUGCGUAAGUUGGCGUCCACUUUCAUGAACAACGCUGUUAAAGUAUAUAUUGGCGAGCGUGACGAGUUGGCUGCCAACAAACGAAUCACCCAGUUGGUCGAAGUCAUUGACCCCUUCCGUAAAGAGCAAAGAUUGCUUCAACUGCUGAAAGAGCACCAGUCUGGUGCUAAGAAAGAUGACAAGAUCCUUGUGUUUGCAUUGUACAAGAAAGAAGCCACCCGUGUUGAGAGACUAUUACAGAACAGAGGAUUCGCGUUGGCUGCUAUUCACGGAGAUUUGGGCCAAGCUCAACGUACCAAAGCUCUGGAAGAUUUCAAGACUGGUCGUUCUAAGAUUCUGCUAGCAACUGAUGUUGCUGCUCGUGGUCUGGAUAUUCCCGCUGUCAAGGUCGUCAUUAACCUGACGUUCCCUCUUACUGCCGAGGACUACGUCCACCGUAUCGGUAGAACUGGCCGAGCAGGACAAACUGGACUCGCCAUCACCCUUUUUACCGAGCAAGAAAAGCACCUGUCUGGAGCAUUAAUCAACGUCCUCCGUGGAGCCAACCAGCCCGUACCAGACGAGCUGCUCAAGUUCGGCAGUCACACCAAGAAAAAGGAACAUUCUGCAUACGGCGCAUUUUUUAAGGACGUCGACUCGACCAAGAAGGCCACCAAGGUCAAAUUCGAUUAG